CAAUUAUAAUGUUCUAGCACGGGUGGCCCCCCAAGCGGGGGAAGAGGGCCUUGAAGAUCGUGCGAAUCAGACAGAAACAAAUGAAAAACGGUGUGACUUCUGGUGUUAAUUAUUUCUUAAUCAAGAACCGUGCCGCACGAGCAAAAACCACCUCCGAAGGUGAUGCAUGUAUCACCACCCUCUCUCCUCUCUUUCUCUCUCCUGGUGCUCCCUCCCUUCACAAACCGUUUGAGAUCCGUUUGCUUAAACAUCGAACAAUGCUCGAAAGGCCACAACAACAGCACGGCGCGCUAGGCAAGCAGAAAAAAAAACCAAGCCGUCCAGACAUCAACACACAAUCGGCGGGGCCCCAACAACAACGACAACAAAAAGCGUUCUCUCUUUCUCACGUUUCUCGGUGCUUGACAUUUACCCAGAUCGGUUUGGUGCUAUGCUGCUGCUGCUGUGUGUGUGUGCCCCUGUGCUUCUGACUUACUAUUUCUCGAUCGCCCUCCAAAGCACAACCUCUUCCCCGGCGGCCCCGGCACAUUGAUCACAUUGAGUUUUGCAAUUGAGCGAGGAGGAGGAGGGGGGGGGGGGUAGGCGUCCGCCCGCAAAAACCGAACGCUCCGAAUAUUGGGUCGUGCGCGGUGUGGUCACAAAUUAGAGCGAACCACCCUUGCCACCCUCUCCCGCCCAUGCACCAGGAUCGAUACAAAAAAACAUCAAAGACGUAAUAUUCUGCCCAGCCCAAAACAUAAGGAGGCCCUGCCCAAAAAGGCACCCGCUGCCUCUAGUGUGUGUGUGUGUGUGUGUGAGAGUGUGUGUGGAUGCAGUGCAGGCUCCCUUCUUUUAAUGUGGGUGUGUCGGUGGUGUGCAUUAAUCAUACCGCACCGAUGCUGCUCCGGUUGCUGCUAGCAACACCACCACCAAGUCUCAAGGGUCAAGCGGAGCGCAAAUCGUCAUCGAACAGUCGCGCGGCGUUCGUCGCUUCUCGCGUCAUUGAAGUCUUUCGUAGUGAACGUAUCUAGCGCGCGCACAGAGCGCUUGCGAGAGGGAGAGUGCGAUCGAGCGAGCGAGUGAGCGACGGUUCAACGGCGUUGUGUCCCGCGGACGACGCUACUGCCACGGGUCUGCCUGAGUCAGAGGUCUCCCGCGGCACGGAUUCGUUCUUCGACGUUCGCCCGCGGACGACGGGUGUUGUGUUUGUGCCCGCAGUGUGUUUGCAGCAGGAGAGCAAGAAGAAGCAGCAACAACAAAAAGCCACGAUGUUUCUCCGGCGGGUCGAUUCGGUAGUGUUGCUGAUAUUUGGGUGUCUACUAAUUAUAGAUGGGCACGAGGAAAAAAAUCGCACCAAGCGUGGUCGGAACGUGCGGACAUCGAACGCACCGCAGACGAACGCCGGGUCCGAGCCGAGCCAAGAUCUCGAUUCGAGCAGCAGCAGCAACAGCAAUCAGCAGGAUGUGCCCGUCAUACCGCCCGGCUUUCUGAGCCCUUCCGUGCAGGAGUAUCUCGAGCUGGGCAAAUCCAUUCCAGGCCGGCCAGGAACUGACUACCCAAUACUGGCCAGCAUACCGUACACGAACUUCUACUGCGACGAGCAAGAAUAUCCGGGCUUCUUCGCCGAUAUGGACACGAGAUGCCAAGGAUGGCAUUAUUGCGACAUCGAUGGACGGCAGGCGACGUUUCUCUGCCCCAACGGCACGCAGUUUUCGCAAGCGGUGUUCGUGUGCGACUGGUGGUUUAACGUGCGCUGUGAUCUUUCGCCCCGGCUGUACUCGAUCAAUGCCCGGCUGUACCAGCGGCCCAAGUUCAAUCCGACGCAACCGCACCGAGUCAUCACCCGCCAGCUGGUGGACGAGAUUUUUAAUGUGUAGAAAGAAGAGGUAGCGGUAGAGCGGGGACGAGGGAGAGCGGACUCGUUCCUCUUUCCGACGUGUUAAAAUAUCAUCACUAUUUAUUUUUUAGUUGGCCCGUAGUGUUGUAAGAGACGAGCGCGUGCGCGCGCUCUAAUGUGACUCCGUUGCGAAGUUGUUUCGUUUGAAGUGGUUUGAUUUACCAGCUCAUCAAUUCCCACUAGCCAGCUAGACUACACACACACACGCAGACAAUUAUACACAUACACACACAUACACAUACAAGAUUCUAUACUUUUGUUACCAAAUCGGAUAAACCACGCAAUCCUUGCCGACAAUGAUGAUCUUUUGUAAAUGUUUUGCCUUAAUUGACUCCAUACCUUCCUACGUACCGAGAAGAUGCUACCUUGCUAGAAGAAGCUAAGGCAUUAUCCGUAACACGGUUGUAUUAUUGUGUAAAGUAAAUGUGUAAAGUGUAAUAAAGUAUGUAAAUAUAAAUUUACCACCAA